AGUCGCUCAGUUCUCAGUAGCGCGAGCGUGUUGAGUGUUGGUGAAAGAAUACGAUAAUAUUUGGGAAUGUUGCCAUGAUUCCAUAUGAUCCAACGCUCUGUAAACAUUAUCUCAUCCUACUAUCAUUGUGCUUUGAUCAAAUUUAGUGCUUUAUUUUUAUCAUACUAAUGAGUGAAAUAUUGUAAUAUUAGUUUGAGGUUCAAUAUUGUUAGGAUGGGUUCGAAAUAUCUCACGUGUUAUUGUUAUGUAUCAAUGGUUUAUGUUGAAAAGACAGCAAGUGCCUUCAAAUGUCACGGCGACGAUACAUCCUCUGCUUGAUGAGUAGGCAUUUAGCAUCUUGAUUCUCUAAGGCGAUAAGCCAUGGAUAAGCCUGGCUACUGGCCAACCGUUUGUUUACAGAAGAUAUUGCUGCCUGUUCUACUUCUCGCUGCUUGUUGCCUCAGACAAAAUGGUCUCUCGUCUCUAUACCUCAUCUUGUUGUUUAUCAACCCAUUUGUGCCAGUUGCUAGUUCUACGAAUGUUACAAACGGUGGCCCCGGGCAUUACUUGAUCAUCAACAUAAUUUUCCCUUCGCUUAAUCUUAUUGCUCAAGUUAUUUUUCAACUUGUGCUGCUAUCUUACAAGGUCUAUUUAGAUGCAUUAGUGCCUCCAUGUAAUCCUUUCGAGUCAAUUUUGAGGCAUAUAGGUCUUGUCUCGUUCAAAGGUCUCCCAGUAUUAUCUAUGAUAUAUUUAGUAACACCUGAGAUUUUAUUGAUAAUUUCGUCAGUGCUAAUCUAUUCAUGUUGCUGUUUCUUCAACCGCACCAAGCCGGUUGACGAUAACCUUCUGCCGAUUGUGCUCAAUGCAAAUCACACAACCAAUCAUGAAUCAGGCAGCUCUUCGCGCAGAAGGUUCUCCAUACUUACUACUCUAGGAAAAUAUGUUUGCCUGUUUUCAUUAUGUAUGGCCGGCAUCAUCCAGCCCUCUCUUCCUGGGCUUCUCUAUUUUGUUUUCUUCCUAACCUGCAUGACAUGGUGGUCCUUCAACCAGAACCUGGGAAGGGGUUUCGCCAAAGUCUGCUGCAUUCUUCCAGUGCUCUUGUGUCUGCACACCACCAGUAUAUUCGUCUAUCAGACACAAUGGGCCCAGCAAUAUUUUCCUGAUGAUUCGCCAAUAGCUAGGUAUGCAGGCCUGGUUCCACUUUUCAAAAUAAACUGUACAAUGCCAGCCGUUACUGAAAUGACGGAAGCACCGUGGACGGAAUUCGUCAACCCAGUCAUCCUGGUCUGGUUGUUCUUCAUUAUUUGCUACGAAACCAAAAUGCUAUUAAGGCCUCCUUUGCAGGGCGACAAGUCUUCGAAAGAGGACGGCCUCACGCGUCAGCUGUCGGCGCGUCUGUCGCAGCGACGACUCCUGCGCAGCCAAGCGGACAGGUGGCGAACUGCCACUAGAAAAGUCAAAGAAGAAUCAGCACGAAUGAACGUUGCACGAACCGUAACAAAUGCACCUAGUGUUACCUUUAGUGCAACCGAAGCUACGCCUCUGAUUCGUGGUAGGGAAUCUUUGUACAAGAAGCACGGAAGAGGCAAAUCCUACUUACAGGAUUCACAAGGCAGCGUCAUUGUCUCCGAUGAACAAGAAGAUAUCCAUAGGCUUGAGGAUGUUCCUGAGGAAGGCGAAAGUGAUGGAGGCCAAGGAAUUCUUGAGCUGGUGCUGAAUGGAAUGAUGGUCAUAGCGCAGCUCAUAACACAGUCAUCCUACAUUGGUACUAAUAUUACAAUGAUGACGCUUCAAAAAACAAACCAGCUUGUUCCAAAGUUUGACGCCAUGCUCCGCUCCUCCCCGUUCCUCGUCUUCUAUGCAAUGGUGCUCCUCAUCAUCCAGUACGUGUACGGCAUGAAAGUCACAGAGGUUGAAAUUCCCGAGGAGAUCAAAGGAUUCAACAUGAAGCAGAUUGGAUUCGAGAAGCAUCCAGAUUAUCCUGUUACGCCAUUGUUCAUCAAAACCAUGUUCACUAUGAUGUUCUGGAUGACGUUGCGUCAGUACAAUCGCGAGAAAUGGGAAGCGAGCAAUGCAGCUGCUCUUGCUGAUAUGGCCACUCCGCUUCAGACAGGAACACCCUCUCCUACUGAAGCACAAACAAAAACGAGUCAGUUCAUUCAGGAUAUCGGUCAGUAUUUGAGAGAAUUCCUGAUCAAAUAUUGGAUCUGGGUUGUCGCUAUCUUCUUGUUUUUCAUUGGAAUAAGUGGAGAGAGGAUGACAAUUUUCAGAAUAGUAUACAUGGCUUUGGCCCUCAUUUUUGUUUUAACGUUCCAGCUAUCGUGGAUGUUGUGGAGAAAAAUAAUGUACGGUUUCUGGUUAACUGUGAUAAUAUAUUCUAUGCUUAUCUUAGUUCUUACGUAUACAUAUCAGUUCGAUUACUUCCCUGAAUACUGGGACAACUAUCUUCACGUCAAUAAAAAGUUGCAACUUGAUAUCGGGUUGCAAAAGUUUGAAACUACAGAACUUUUUAUACGACUACUUACGCCGACGUUUUUUGUUAUCAUCACUGUGAUUCAGCUUUACUAUUUCCAUAAGGACUUCUUAGCCAUAUCUGAUAUCAAGAGCAGAGGAAGCAGUUCUAUAGUGAGAUCGUCUGUGACUAACCGGUCCAAAAGAAGGCGAGAAUCGAAAGGUGAUGAGCCGAUGAGUGAUGAAGCCGUUCCAGAAAUACAAUCUGAUCCAGAAAAACCACCGGUUGAAAGCGAUAAAGGAGAAGGAAAACCAAAAAAGCUGUUUUCCACACUCGGACUGAAGAAGGUUAUAGUCGAUAUGUGGCACAACAUUGAGAAUGUAAUAGAGUUUGGAUGGCUGUUCCUGGAGCUUCAUAUGUUGAGCAUUAUUAUGAUCAUCAUCUUCGUGCUGGCAAUUUAUGAUGUAUGCGCUUUGCAUUUCAUCCUGAUAAUUUUGGCAGUGGUCGCUCUAGCAUUCGGCACCAACAUCAGGACAGUGUUCGCUCACAUCGCCUCUGUGCUCAUAUCCAACACAACAGACAAUAAAACGGCUUCUGAUACGCUUAACUAUGCCAAAUGGUUGGGUUUUGGGAAAACAACGAAUGAAACGACACUAAUCGAUAUCCUGGAUGGCUACAUUGUUAUAAUUCUUGUGGUCACCCUGCAUACUGUUGUAACAACACGCCAAAAAUACAAGAGGCAUCUGAAAGGCAGGUCUCUUGGUCGCCCUACAACAAUGUUCAGUCGAAUCACCUACAAAGAUAUUGACAAAGAUUUGGUUCAUUGUGUCAAGUACCUGAUCAAUUACGGAUUCUAUAGAUUCGGUGUUGAGAUCUGCCUGAUGGCAAUGGUUAUUCUAAUAAGCUUGAGGAUGGACAUAGUCGCAGUGAUGUAUGCUUUCUGGCUGUGCAUCUUGAUUCGUCCAAAUCGAUUGUUCCUCUACCGAGUGUGGGGUCUAUUCCGAGUGUUCAUAUCUCUCACAGUUCCUCUACAAUAUUUGAUUGUUAUUGGUCUUCCACCGGGACUCUGCUUUGAAUUCAAUUGGAGCUCAAAUGAAUUGUGGCAGAGAGCGCAGGAAUGGCUCUAUUUGCCAGAUCCCAACAAUCCUCCCUCUGCAAAGAAAAUCAUAUGUGACUUCAUAGUUCUAUUCGUGGUGUGUCGUCAAGCGGUGAUGUUCAGCAUAGAGAAGCAGCAUGAGGCCGAUCGCUUCGACUAUGCCGGGGGAACAAAUCGUAGCAUCAUUGAUGAAAUCGAUAGGCCCGAUUUUGUCAUACCUGUUCCUGACUUCAUAACGUAUACCAACACAAUAUUGGAUGUUCUGAAGCAGAAGUUCAUGAUGAUGUUCAUAUGGUUCACUCUCAUCUUCUUCUUCCUUGCCGGGACCGAACGUGUCAACAUCUUUUCUUUGGGAUACUUGAUUGGUUCUUUCAUUUUCUUUUGGCAAGGAAACGAUCUCUUUCUGCUACAUAUCAAAGUUAUUCUUAGGUGGUGGAAAUAUCUGAUUGUAUACAACGUCACAGUGAUUCUGUGCAAAGCCAUUUUGCAGAUAGCAGGAUGCAUAUUCAUCAAUGAGAUUCUGCAAGCGAAUUCAUGCUGGUUCAUAGAGUCGUUUGGUAUAGGCUGCAUCAAGAAGUUCCGCACUCAUUUUCCAGGAGAUCCAAAGUCAUGUGUUGUUCCUCAAGGUGACGCUGGUUUGGCUUGGGAUGGAUUCUGUUUCGCUUUCCUGAUAAUGCAAAGGAGACUUUUUAACAGUUAUUACUUCCAGCACAUAGUCAAUGAAACAAAAGCGAUGGCUAUUCUUGCAUCUCGAGGAGCUGAACUCAUCCAGGAAUUGAGCACUAAACAAAUAAGAGAACAGCAGGAAGCUGAGCGAAGGAUCCUGGAGAAGAUUAAAUACAAGAUGGACCGAAUCAAGGCCUCUCAGCAGCGGGUCCAGGGCCAGGGCCCUGAGUACCGUGAACCGGCCAAUCAUCAUGUCGGUCAGUGCUAUUUUCCUCUAUUUUGGGGAGAAAACAGGAAGGUGAGUAAAAUUUACUCAUGGUUACCCUUAAGCGCCUAUUUUGGAAGCUUACCUACUUUUCUAGGGUUAAUAACUCACUGUUACAAAUAUUAUAACUUUUUUGAAAACAUAUUGCUAUUGAGACACAACUUGUGUACACGAGUACUGUGUUGCACAUUUCCGGCACUUUUUACCAUGCGUGUGUGUGUGUGUGUGCAACCAACAGCAUCAGCCCCCCUAGCACACGACUCGUCAGGAAGCAUCUCGUCACCGCUGUCGCUGCAGGGCUACCACACACCGGUGGAGGACGACAUGCCCCACAUGACGCCGCUCAUCCAGGCGCCAACGCCGACGUCAGCCAUCAUGACGGUGAGCCUGGACGCCUACCUGGAUCCACAGCGCAUGUCGUUCGGCUCACCGCCCAACUCGGAGAUGUUGCCUCGCAUCCCCUCCAUCGACGACUCGUUCCCUGUCUUCUCACCGCCGCCGUACGGUGCAGUCGUCACGGGCGUCGCUCACCCCCACCACCGUCGCGGGUCCAGCUUCACGUCAGCCGGCCCCCCCUGGAUGCCGCUCCGCACCCCCCGCCACUCCUUCUCCACGACCUCGCAGCGCUCGCACCACACAUCUAUACGCUCUGGAGACUACUACAUGUUUGAGGACAUGGACGAAGAGCUUGACCUGAUUGAAGAGCAAAAAAGUGAAUCUUCGGAAGAGGCUAUCACAGAUCUUCCUUCGGUGUCAAAGUUCCUCAGCGACGCCAUGAAGACAGGUAUAUUCUCAGCAACAGAAAAGGCUUACAAGCCGAAGGCGUUGCUGGUGGCGUCAAGAAAGAGACGGUCGUUUGACACGUUCUCGCGGCGACCCAGUGUCGUGCCCGAGGUGGCCAAGUUCUCCUCUCUCCCCGACAUUCACUCGUCCACCUAUGACCAAGAGCGCCAGCAGUGGCAAAGUGCCACCGAUCUGCCAGCCAGUGACGAGACAGACAGUAGUGACGAGCCCAAGCCAGGACCUAGCACUGAAGGAGUAGAUUAUAUUGAAAGAGAUGAUAGGAAACGUGAUGGUGAGAAGAGUAAGGAUGGAAAAUCUGACAGUGAUUCAGAUAAAGAAGAAAAACAAGAAGAAACAAAAGCCUCAUGCCUAUUGUUCAUGAAAUUCCUGUGGACAUUAUUGGUUAGCAUCCUUGUAUCACUAACCAACAUGUUCAAUCGUUUCUCGAAAGACUAUCGGUUCAUCAUGAGGAUUCUUUCUGUAGAGAAAAAAUUACUGAAGGAAACAAGUGGAUUCGGCCAAGGUGUUAGAGCCGGCUCAGCCAUGAUGUGGCACCCAAGGCCCGACAUUGUGUGUUCCAAGCCAAAGUUGUCUCUAAUAAAACUGAGUGACAGUUCAACGAGCAUUGAUAUCACCGAUAGUCACGAAAGAGUGGAAUCACUAGAAGAUCUGCAAACAGCUAAAGACAAGAGAAACACUGAAAAGUGGCUGAUAAUUCAGUUCAUCCAAUCUCUGUGGUUUGCUCUGAUGUCACGUUCUGAACUAGUUUGCUACUUUAUGAUAUUUUUGAACCAAAUAAAGUCAGCCACUCUGCUUUCUCUGCCUUUACCUUCUAUGGUCUUCCUAUGGGGUACUCUCACCGUUCCCAGACCCUCUAAGAACUUCUGGAUCUCCGUCAUUGCCUAUACACAGACUGUGAUUGUCAUCAAGUGCCUAUUCCAAUUCAAGAUUUUGUCUUGGGAUGAACAAGCCCCCGAUAAUAGACCUUUCUUCCUGCCUCGCAUCAUUGGCAUUGAGAGGAAGCCAAACUAUGUCACAUUCGAUUUGUUACUGCUGUUAAUGGUAUUUUUCCAUAGAUCGGUGCUGAAGUCGCUGGGCCUGUGGAAGACGACGAGUGAAGCGAGCUCGCAAACAAUGCUGCAGCUGCGUCAGAUGGAGAGUGAGGCGAACCUGUUCCAGGGUGGCAGCGGGUCGGAGCACAAGCAGAACAUCCGCGAGCGUCUCAAGCGCUUCUUCAGCAAAGAGGCGUCGGUGCCCACUGAUGUGUCCGAGGACCUGUCAGAGUCGGCCGACGGGUCACGUGACCGGAAGAGCAUGCUCACCAUUCGCUACCCUGUUGAGACGCCUUUCGAGUGUCUGCCGCAAAUAAUCCCGCUCACGGCUUCAAAAUAUUUCAAUCCUGCAAAAGGAUUUUUCAAGUCUCUUCUUGAACCAUCUGUGAGGGUAACAGCAGAUGUCUAUGCUUACAUGUUCUUCUGCGAUUUUUUCAAUCUCAUCGUGAUCAUAUUCGGAUUUGCUGCUUUUGGAUCGCAGCAGGGUGACGGAGGAGUGGCCAAGUACAUCGAGGAGAACAGAGUUCCGAUUCCAUUCCUUGUUAUGCUCAUUCUCCAAUUCCUGCUGAUCAUUGUUGACCGCACCUUGUAUUUGCGCAAAUACAUUCUCGGCAAGAUCGUCUUCCAAUUUAUACUUGUCAUUGGUAUCCACAUUUGGAUGUUUUUUGUACUACCUGCAGUCACUGAAAGACAAUUCAAUGCAGCAUUACCACCUCAAAUAUGGUACAUGGUGAAAUGCUUCUAUCUCUUGCUGUCGGCUUACCAAAUACGUAGUGGUUAUCCUACAAGAAUUUUGGGAAAUUUCCUCUGCAAGAGCUACAAUAUUCUGAACAUGUACCUGUUCAAGUUGUUCAUGUUAGUGCCUUUUGUAUUCGAAAUACGAGCUUUAAUGGACUGGAUUUGGACUGAUACAUCAAUGACACUUCCCGAUUGGUUGAAAAUGGAGGAUAUCUUUGCUCACAUAUUCCAGCUCAAGUGCCAGCGUCGUAUGGAAACCGAGUAUCCUCAAGCCAGAGGAGAAAAGAAGACAGCUUCUUCCAAGUAUAUCUAUGGUGGUGGAUUCUUAUUCGGUAUUUUCGCGGUUCUAUGGUUCCCACUGGUGUGGUUCGCGCUCGGUAACACAGUCGGUGAACCAAACCUGCCUUACGAAGUAUCUGUGUCUGUGAGAAUAGGCGGCUACCAGCCCAUAUACUCUAUGUCUGCUAGGAACAACUCCAUCCACAAAUUGAACGAGCAGCAUUGGGAAAGGAUUAACUCAGUAUACAAGAGAUCAAGGAAAGCGCAAACGUUCUUAUCAAGUUACAGCUACCAAGAUGUCGGUGUCGUACAGUUCAGUUCACAUUCCACUUCCAUCUGGACGAUAUCUCCUCCUGAUCUUGGCAGUCUCAUCAAAGAAACGCAGUCAGUAAAUCCGAUGACAAUAAAGAUGGACUGGUCAGCACUGAAAAUCAGCACCAACCCAGAGGAGCCUUCGCAGCUGAACUCGGGGACGGAGGUGGUGCUGAUGCCUGACGACCCCAACCGACAGAACCUUGUCAACCUACUUCAGAACAAGGAUGAAGGCAAACCUCUGUACCUCAAGAGCAUAUUUCCCAAAUUCAUUAAAGUAACCAACCGAGGAACUAUCAACCCUAUUAAGAUGUUAAUGAAAACUGAUGAUGAAGGUCCGGACGGUGACGAGUUCAGGAAUGUGAGGAUGGACCUGCACAGACUGAACGCAACCGGCGAAGAGCCGACGGUGAUGUGGUGGGUGAUCAAGGAGGACUGCAACGACACCAUCUACAAGGACAUUUUGUCCAAGCUGCCCUACGAGCACACCUGUGACAACCUCAUCAUGUACACCUUCAACGACAAGGCCUUCCCGCCCACCUUCAAUUUCAUCUCUGGAAAAGGGAUUAUUGGAAUGUACACAACAUUCGUGAUCGUUGUACACUCAUUCAUAAGAGGAUUCUUCACUGGUGUCUCAUUCCGUAUCAUGUUUGAUGACAUGCCUUACAUUGAUCGUGUUCUUCAGCUGUGCCGUGACAUCUAUCUUGUGAGAGAAAGUGGUGAACUGGAUCUGGAAGAAGACCUAUUUGCUAAAUUAGUGUUCUUGUAUCGUUCACCAGAGACGUUAAUAAAGUGGACCAGACCUCCAGACGAAGUGCCUGCUAAUGAAGAGGAAGACAUUCCACCAUUAGAGAAUUGAGAUUAGAGACCCACCCAACUCCCUCAAUUAGCUUGUUAAACAUGAACCAAAACUACGAUAAGUACCCAAUUUGAAAAUCAUCCUACAUUGAGAGUUUUGUAAAUAAUCUUGCUAUCUUUGAAAUAUUUAAAUAUCUUGACUAUUCAAGAUUUUCUGAGCUCUUUACAGGAGAUGUAGAAGUAGUUUGUCGUAUUUAGCGUUGAUAUACAAGUGAUUGUUUUUAGUCAUGAGCUUCACUGGUGAUUAAUAGUUUAAAAAUAUUGUAUCUUCCAUAUCUUGUCAUGAUAAUCAUUUUGAGACCUUUUAAACCUUGCCCUAUAAGGUUGAAUAUUUAAAUACGUAAUUAAUAUAUAAGUCAGUUUGUAAUCUAAAGUAUGUAUUGUUCGAUUCAAACUAUUGUAUAGCUAAUCUGUGAAUCGGAACUAGUGGUAGCUUUUAAGUACUUGAUUUCAAUUGAGAAUGAAAAUCAUUGCAUACAAUUUGUGUUCGAAGAAGCAUUUAUCGAUGAUUGUUUUUUCUUAUCGGAUAUUCUCAUGAUACUUAUUUGAAUGAAAUUCAUCCAUCCACAGUAAAGUCUAAAAUAGGUAUAAAGUUAUUUUGUCUAGUCAGAGAAGUCAUUGUGAUGAAUAUUUCAUGAGCAGUAAUUUUACUAUAUUUUAUUACAUUUUUCGCUCCUAAAUCAUCAUACUAAGUCAUUUGCAUAGUAAUCUCAUCAUCCAGAUAAAAUGUGUUUACGUUCAAGUUAUCAAUAAGGUCUAAGCUGAAUUGAGAUUGCUUAUCAUUCAGACAGAAUCUAUCAGAUAAUCCACUCAUAGUGGAUCAUUGUUAUUGAAACCGCAAUUUCGCAAGGAACUCAUGACAUAUUUGUAAACGAGUAAGCUUGUAAAUUACAAAUAUAUAGUAAAUUACAAUUAAAAGUCAAAAUUAAAGAGUUGUGGAAACAUACAAUGCAAAAAAAAACAACCACACCCAGAUAAUAUUAUCCACUAGCAUCCAUUUUGUUUCUUUCUCUAUCUUGAGUAAUUGAGAAAGUACAUUUUGUAUUUUAAUUUAUGUAUUUUACAUCGAUCAUGAUCGCUUCCUAAUGUCCAAUUUUUAUCUAGAGAGUAAUUUUAAAGCGACUCUGUACUGUACCAACCUCGUAUACGUCUAGGCCUAAAUCAUCUUUUAUACUCUUAAAUCGUCAAUGUUUACAACUUGACUCAUCUAUUCUAUUUCAAUUGAUUCACCAAUUGUGCUUUAUUAUCACCUUCCUCAUCGUAUGCCUUUUCAUGGACCCCAGAAAGAUAUUAGCUUCAAGGAUAGUUCAGAAAAUAUAAACACAUUGUUCUGAUAUAUAACUCAUCAAUCAUAUAUAAUAAAUUGUAAAAUGUUUAGGAUUUAGAAUGUUAAAAAGUUUAUAUACUAGGAAGGUAUGGAUAUAAUUUUAUUUCGUUUUUAUGAACCUAUUCGUAGGUUUACUUACUAUUUAAGAUGUAAAACAUUAGUCUUUAGCUUAUAACAUUGAGUCUUUUGUCUCAACUUAUCAAUGAAUUUUGGGAAACCUGUGUAUGUAGUGUGUAGUCUAAUAUAUUAGCGCACAAUUAUCAUUGUUAAUGCAUUUUAAAAAUGUACUACUAUAACGUUAUUAUUCUCUUUUGAUUUUUUAAAGCGUUUGAUAUUGAAUUUAGAAUAGAAAAAGAUGAUAGAAGUAGAAUAGAUGUAACGCUUGAGUAAAUCAUCAUUCAAAUAUCUACUUCUUUUCAAUGCGCAUCUUAUUUUAAUGAUAACAAUCAUUUACAAAUAUCAAGAAAAAUUAAUAUAUUCGGUUAAUAUUAUUUAUUUGUUAUUAAUUUAUAGUUUUUAUUUCAUUUUUAUGUUUUAUUGUUUUAAAAUUAUUCCUAACAUUUUUAUCGUUUUCUUACUUAAUCACCUAGCCCUUAGAAUAAUAAAAUAUGAUGCUUAACUAGACAAUCAUUCUCAUAUAUCAUGUAGAACUCUUCAUUCUUCAAGGCAUCUCAUAAUAGCUAGGUAGUAAGUCCCAAACAGUACAAUUCUUGCAAUAACACAUGAACAAUAAGACAAUUUUUUAUAACUUUAUUUAAAAUGCUCAUCUAUGGCAGCAAUAAUGUACUUCCUACUUCAAAAACAUAUUCAAUUCAUCUUUAUUUUAUUAUCUCAACAUGGAGUGAUCAUAUAAAAUCAAGUUAUUCUGUGUUAUUGUACUUACAUGUUUUAUUUUACAACACUCAAGGUCUAUUAUAAUCUUCAACUAUAUUAUUUUGUUUUGAAAAUACUCAUUUAGUUCAAAGAAAAGAAGAGAAAUCUUGUGUUGGAAUUGUUUAAUUAAGCACUGUAUCAAUUUCAAUUACAAUUCACUCAGUGAAGAGAUUCUUUGGUUAUUUCUUCAAAUCCAUGUUCCUUCCUUUGAACACAUAGCGCUUUAGCAGAACCUCUCUCUAUUUAUUAUGUAGGAAGUCCUGGAUUUAGUCAGUCAUGAGGAUAAUUUAUUUACUUGAGGAAUUGUUAUUAUUAUAAAAAGCAUAUCCUGUACUUACAGUUCUUUGAAAAUAAAUGUGUUUAUAAAUUCCUUACUAAACAUAAAAAUAAGUUAAUUACGGUACGUAUUAUAUACUGUACCCGCCCUAAUCAAUAAUUUUUUGCAUACGUCCAUUUUUAUUAUUGAUCAGCCUAUAUUCUAUCCUUAUCAUUUAAGAGAACUAUUAUGUAGAAAUGUUAUUUGGUACACUUUUUUGUCGGGAUAUCAUCGUUGAUGAUAAUUAAAAACAUCAUCAAAAUAGGGUAUUAUAAGAUCAUUGAAUGGUGCAUUUUCCUUUUUGAACUAGUGUUUUGGAACUAAUUAUAUGAAUUGCUAAAGUACAAAA